AUGCUUUCGUUAGCCAUUCCAGGUGUCAUCAUGGUGAUUGCGGAAUUCUUGGCAUUUGAAGUGUUGACUAUAUUAGCUGCAAGUUUUGGAACUGAAUCUUUGGCAGCACAAUCGAUUGUAUCUAAUGUUGCAUCUCUAUUCUUCCAAAUGCCAUUUGCAGUUGCUGUUGUGUUAAGUACUAGAAUUGGACAUUUUGUUGGAAAUGAAAGUAUAAGAGGGGCAAAGAUUAAUACUAAUUUGUUUUGUUUACUCGGUGGUAUUCUUGGAAUUUUCAAUUUCUCAGUUAUGUUCUUUGGUAGAACUGGAUUAAGUAAAUUAUUUACUCAAGAUCCUAAAGUAUUAGAAAUUUCCAAAACUCUUCUUACAUUGGCUGCAAUAAAUCAAAUUGGAGAUGCAUUUAAUGUUAUAGCUACUGGGGUAUUAAGAGGUCAAGGAAGGCAACAGAUUGGGUCAGUAUUAAAUAUGAUUUCAUAUUAUUUAAUAGCAUUGCCAUUAGGGUAUAUAUUUGCAUUUCCAAUGGGAUUACAUUUGAAUGGCUUAUGGUUGGGAUUAAUCUCGGGAGUUGGAUUUUUGGCAAUUGGUUGUGGUGUUGUUGCAUAUUGGUGUAAUUGGGAAAAGAUACUACGUGAUUCUAAAGGAAUGCAUGAUCAUUAA